AAAAUUAGCAGUGAUUAGAUUCGUUUCCCUCGAUCGCAUUUCUUCAUGCCUUGCUUUGGUCCUUUGACAUCACGAGGAACUCAACAGUUCCGUGCUCUCACCGUGAUGGCUACCUGCGAUCCACGACACGGACGUUAUCUCACUGUUGCUACUAUCUUCUAUGGACGCACAUCAAUGAAAAAAGUUGACGAACAAAUGCUAAAUAUCCAAAACAAGAACAGCUCAUACUUCGUCAAAUGGAUACCCAAAAAUGUUAAGACUACCGUUUGCGAUAUUGCACAAAGUAGUUUGAAAUUGUCGGCUACUUUAAGCGGUAACUCGACAGCUAUUCAGGAAUUAUUCAAGCGUAUUUCGGGUCAGUUCACUGCUAUGUUUCGUACGAAAGCUUUCUUGCAUUGUUACACAGCCGAAGACAUGGACAAGGUGGAGUUCACUAAGGCUGAAAUUAACAUGAACGAUUUGGUCUCUAAAACAGUAUCUAAACAGUAUCAAGAAGCAACUGCUGACGAAGAUGCCAAAUUCGAAGAUGAGCCAGAAGUCGAUGAUCAUUAA